CAGCCGAGCUCCGGGCGAGCGGUGCCGAGCCGAGCCGUUCGGAGCCGCGCCAGGCGCUGGGACCCGAGCUGGUGACACCAGCCCCGGGUGGCCGCGCAUGUCCCUCCGCGGGUGAGCCCGGGUGGAUGCUUGAGAGAGGAGGAUAAGGCACAAGAGUUUGGGACCGGUGGAAUGGAGGCCUGAUGUAGAUGGAAAGAUGGAUGAAGAAGAAGCUCUGAACUCUAUUAUGAAGGAUUUGGCAGCGUUGGGCAAGUGUGGGGGGCUGCUGGACAACAACAGGAAUAAAAACAGUGUCCACUCCAACAAACAGCAGCGAAGUGUCAGGAUCAAGUUUGAGUAUGAAGGAGAGAAAAGGAUUAUCCAGUUUCCAAGACCAGUCAAAUUCAAGGAAGUGGUGCAGAAGGUCACGGACGCUUUUGGGCAGACGAUGGACUUGGUCUGUGUGAACAAUGAGCUCCUGAUCCCACUGAAAUCCCAGGAAGAUUUGGACAAAGCCAUGGAACAGUUGGAGCUGAGCCCUUCCCUGAAGAGCCUGCGGAUCCUUGUGAGCGCUCCAAAGAAAGCGAAUCUCCUGCAGCCCAACAACAGCAAGCAGCAUGAGAUGAGGAUCUCCAGAUCCAUGGGUGAUAUCAUGGGAUCCCUGUACAAAGACUCCGAGAGGACGCGCAAGUAUUCCACAGGCUCCCUGCACACCGGCCGCAGCUCUCCGCCGCCGGGCAGCGUUCCCGAGGAGCAGCAGCAGAUCGCCCGCCAGGGAUCCUACACCAGCAUCAACAGCGAGGGCGAGUUCAUCCCCGAGACCAUGGACCAGAACAUGCUUGAAGCUUUCAUCAGCCCUGAUGACUCGCUGUCUGGGAGCUGCCAGUCACUGGACAGGUCUGUGGACAGCCCUCCCUUUCCCCAAACCCCUGUUCCUGGAAGGAAGAGCCAUCCCAAAGACAGUCUUGAUUGCAUGGAUUUUGACAUCCCAUUCUGUGAGAGGUUUGGGAAAGGUGGGACCUUCCCGAGGCAGUACCAUCUGUCCCAGAGUCGCAAGGACUACAGUGAUGGCCGGAGGACUUUCCCCAGGAGUUACUUCCCACAGGAGAACCUGUUUCAGCUGGUUCCUUCCAGCAGAACCAAGAGCUUUACUGGGGACAGCAAGCUCAGCACCUUGCAGUAUGAUGAGUACAGACCCAAGUGUUGGAACAAUUGUGAAAAGGGUCUGCAGGCAUUCAGCACCUCCCCGACAAAAGCCAGGAACUCCCUGCAGGCACCUGUGAACUGGAGGCUGGGGAAGCUGCUGGGAAGAGGAGCUUUUGGGGAAGUUUAUCUCUGCUAUGAUGCUGACACUGGGAGGGAGCUGUCAGUGAAGCAGGUGCCUUUCGACCCUGACAGCCAGGAGACAAGUAAAGAGGUGAAUGCUUUGGAAUGUGAGAUCCAGCUGUUGAAGACUCUCCGUCACGACAGGAUCGUGCAGUACUAUGGGUGCCUGCGGGAUCCUGAGGAGAAGAAACUGUCUAUCUUUGUGGAAUACAUGCCAGGGGGCUCAAUAAAGGACCAGCUAAAAGCUUACGGUGCUCUGACUGAGAACGUCACACGCAAGUACACCAGGCAGAUCCUGCAGGGAGUCUUCUACCUUCACAGCAAUAUGAUUGUCCACAGGGAUAUUAAAGGUGCCAAUAUUCUGAGAGAUUCUGCUGGAAAUGUGAAACUUGGAGAUUUUGGGGCCAGCAAACGCAUCCAGACCAUCUGCAUGUCUGGGACUGGGAUUAAAUCUGUCACGGGAACACCAUACUGGAUGAGCCCAGAGGUUAUCAGUGGAGAGGGCUAUGGAAGGAAAGCUGAUGUGUGGAGCGUGGCCUGCACCGUGGUGGAGAUGUUAACGGAGAAGCCGCCCUGGGCAGAGUUCGAGGCCAUGGCGGCAAUUUUUAAAAUCGCCACGCAGCCGACCAACCCCCAGCUCCCCGACGGCGUCUCCAGCUCCUGCCGCAACUUCCUCAAGCAGAUCUUCGUGGAGGAGAAGCGGAGGCCGACGGCCGAGGACCUGCUGAGACACCCUUUUGUCAACUGCGGGCUCUGAGCGCCGGCAGCGGGGAUGGGAAGCGCCGGCGGGAGGUCGGACCUCACCCGGGGCUGUCCUGACAGUCCCUUCUCACUCGCUGCUGCCUCGGCCCCGCUGCGCCCUUGGAUUUUCAAGCUGCUCUCGGGACUGUCGGGGAUUCAGAGCGAGGGAUUUCCCGGCCUGUGUGGGUGCUGGACCACGUAACCUC